AUGGUUAAGGCUCUUCCCCAAUUUGAUUCCAACCAUACUCCUAUUUUGCUUGAUUCUUCUAGGGUGGUUUCCAAUCCUCGUCCAUUUCGUUUUGAAUUAAUUUGGUUGGAGGACAAGACCUUGGCUGAGGUGGUUAAAUCCUCUUGGGCCACUAUUAUGUCCCACCGAUGGCUAGGUUUCGUUCUUUCCAGCAAACUUAAGCUUUUGAAAAAUAAUUUAAAGGUUUGGGGUAGAGACAAAUUCACGAACUUGGUUGGGAACAUUGGUAGGUUGGAACAAGAGAUUUCUAAUCUCCACUCUCUGGAACAAUUGAUGGGUGGUUUGAACACUGAUCAAUUGUCGAACAGAAAUGCUAAAAAAGUGGAGCUUGAUAAUUAUCUACGGUUGUAUGAGAUCUUUUGGUUUCAGAGAUCGCAUUCUAAAUGGGUUAAACAAGGUGAUAACAACACAAACUAUUUUCAUGCCAUUGCCAAUUCUCGACUCAAAUCUAACUCUCUCUCUGACCUAUUCAUUUCGGAGGUAGAUAUGGAUAAUCCUGUUGAGGUUACUAAUUCUAUUGUUGACCAUUUCGAAAAAACUUUUGGCUCUGACCCUAGAUUGCCUUUUGACUUAGUAGAAGUGCCUUUUAAGACUCUCUCCCAGGACUUUUGGGAGAUUUUGCAGUUUGAUAUUAUGCGGUGGCUUUUUCAGUUAUAUGACGAUGGUAUUGCCUGCCACAUCAUCAACUCCACUUUUAUAUCUCCGAUUCCUAAAAAGGGAUCGAUCUCUUCUCUCAAAGACAUUCGGUCAAUCAGUCUUUUGUCAGGCCUCUACAGUAUUUUAGCCAAGGUGUUGGCUAACCGUCUCCGUGCUGUCAUCAAUGACGUCAUUGACGACUUGCAAACUGCCUUCACCAAGGAUUGUUAUAUUAUGGAUGGUGUCAUGCUGGCAUUCACACUACGGACACGCAGGGUGGAGGAAUUGGUUGGGUUGCCUUUCUUCAACACAUUUUCCUAUUUUGAUGACACUUUGAUCGUUAUGGAAGGAAAUGACGUGAAUGUUCAUAAUAUUUGGCUUUUUCUUAAGCUUUAUGAAUUAAUCUCUAGAGCCCAGGCCUCGACAAUUGUUGUUGCUAAAUUUGAAGCUUUAAUGCAUAACUUAUUAUGGAGUGGAUCCCAAUCUAAGAAAAAGAUCCAUCUCGUUAAGUGGGAUUCUGUUUGUCAGUCUAAAAAGGUGGGGGGCCUUGGCAUCCGUCAUAUUAGGUCAGUAAACGAUUAUCUGCUCACCAAAUGGUGGUGGAGGCUGUAUGCUAAUGGUGGUCAACUCUGA